AUGGCGAGGGGCUUGGGCGGGAGGUGGGGCGCCGGGGUGGUGGGUCAGCCGACGCACGCCCUGCGACCCGACGUGCUCCAGCCCGGCGAGCUAGCGCCCGGGGUGCACCUGGAGGAGUACUCGCAGCGGCGGCGGUCGGUGGCAGCACUCAUGGGCAAGGGGGAGGUCGCGCUCCUGGCGUCGGCGCCCGAGGUGUUCGUGGCGGGCAUCAUACCUUACAACUACCGGCAGGAUGCGGACAUGCUCUACGCGACAGGCAUCUCCCAGAAGGGCUUCCUCGCGAUGAUCGAGUCGAUGUCGGACCGCGGCGAGUCCGAGCACAGGUUCACCGUGGUCGUGCCGGACCACUCCCCGAGCGAGGAGGCCUGGGACGGCCCCACGAUGCCCGCGCACGUGGCCGAGGACCUGUUCGGCGCCGACGUGGCAAUGUCGAUGUCCCAGGGCCUCCCGCACGUCGCGAGGACCGCCGCCUCCGCGUCCCUGCUCUUCUGGGAGCCCUCCGUCGUCCUCGCCAGCGCCGCGGUCCAGCGCACGCUCGAGGCUGCCUUCAGCGAGCGGGGCACCCAGCACCGCCGCCGGCCCGUGUCCCUGCGGCGCCUCACGCACCGCGUGCGGUGGCGCAAGAGCCCCGCGGAGCAGGCCCUGAUGCGCGAGAGCGCGCAGAUCGCGUCGUCCGCGAUCCGGGAGUGCAUCCAGGCCUCGCACCCCGGCAUCCCGGAGGCCCACCUCGCCGCGCGGUUCGAGUACGCCACGAAGCUCCGCGGGGCGCAGCGCGUGUCGUUUCCGCCCGUGGUGGGCGCGGGCGUGGACGGCACAAUCGUCCACUACAUCAAGAACCACAAGCGGGUGCAGGGGGGGCAGCUGGUGCUGAUGGACGCGGGCUGCGAGCUGCACGGGUACUGCAGCGACGUGUCCCGCACCUGGCCGGCGUCGGGACGGUUCUCCGCCGCGCAGCGGGACCUGUACGACGUCGUCCUGGAGACCUACAAGUCCUGCAGGGACAUGUGCAUCCCAGGGGUGACGCGGCUGGACAUCGAGCAGCGGUCGAAGGAGAUGCUGUGCCGCGGGCUGUCCGAGCUGGGCGUGGUGCCCGGGAAGCCGAGCCCCGAGUCGCUGCUGCACUCGCAGGCCUUCCGCGACUACUACCCCCACGGCGUCGGACACCUGCUGGGCCUCGACGUGCACGAGUGCGACCACGUGUCUGCGCAUGCGCCGCUGGAGCCCGGCGUGAUACUGACGGUGGAGCCUGGGCUGUACAUUCCGGACGAUCCCAGCUACGGCGCGUUCAGGGGCACUGGGAUCCGCAUCGAGGAUGACGUGUUGGUGCGCGGGGGAGGGGAGGCCCCGGAGGUGCUCUCGCAGGGUUGCCCCAUCGAGGCGGAGGAGAUCGAGCAGCUCGCGAGCGAGGCAACGGACCUGGGACACGAUUGGUCGCGGCUGCGCAACUGA